AUGAGAAUGAAACGCAAGGUUUCACCGCGUCAAACCAACCAUCACACCAAAUGUCGUACUAGAUCACGAACACGCGAUAUCGUACCGCAUGAAUCGCCAUCGUCAUAUCACCUACUGGUGCUGAUUGCCCUCUCAACGAUUUGCUUUUCAACAAAUCUCAACGGCGAUUUUGUUUUUGAUGAUCGAGAAGCGAUUCUCAAUAACGCGGUUGUGCAAGGUGAACGUCCCUUAUGGGAUGUAUUCCGAACAGAUUUUUGGGGACGUUCAAUCGAGUCGGAUCGCAGUCACAAAUCCUAUCGACCCAUUACAACAUUCACUUUUAUGUGA